CGAAGAAAUGCCAUACGAAGAUUUGUCCUGGAAUCAAUAUGUUGAAAACCGCAGGCUGGCACCAGACACUACAGGGAGACUCUCAGAAUAUAAACUUAUUCCUUUUUAAAUGUGGAUUGUGUAUAUAGUGGAGCUAAAAGUAGACCUGGAAUGAAGAAGGAAACGUUCAAGGAAACGUCUUAGACAGAAAAAUUAGAGGAAACAAAAUAACCAGAGCACACAAGAAAGGAAGACGCUAACGCUACCGAGACGAUUGAGCCACGGUCGUUCUCAGUCGGCUGCCUUUGUUGACCUCGGUCCGGUAGCCGGCGCCGGGACGGACGCCUGCACUCGCUCACACAGGGCGGGGCCGGCCGGCCGCUGGCGGCGAUGCCGCUGUUCGGCGCGCUGGGCGCGGCCACGGCGCUGCAGCCGGGCGUCAAGUCGACGCUGCUCUUCCUGUGGCACCUGGCGUGGCGGUGCCGCGUGCGGCUGCCCGUGCUGCUCACCGUGACGCUGCUGGUCAUGGACGCCAGGAUGCGCAUUGAGAUCAACAUGGACGUGGAGGAGAUAGAUGAGCCUCCUCUGGCGGAGGAGCUGGGCGACGCCGAGCAGGAGGACGAGGAGGAGGACUCGCUGCUGGACGAGCUGAGCGACUCGGACGACUCGGAGGACAUGUGGCCGCUCGACUCGGCGUCCGACGGCGACGAGCCCGUCCCGGAGGCCGCCGACGGCCGCUAGAGGCACACUGCCGCCCGGCAUCCGUACGGCCCGGCCGCACCGCCGCCAAUACUAGCGACACCGGCAGUGAUCCGGAAAAUGGCGAUUGACCACGGAUAAAAGGUGAUGUGAUAUGCUCGUGAUGCAAGAUUACGAGAUCCUUUGGAACACAAACGUGAUGCCCUGUGCAAAUAAAGGUGUGACCUUUUUACACGUGUGAAAGCUGCCGGCCGAUGAGCAGCUGCACUCGCUGGCGGUGACCAGCUGUGGCGGGUGUGUCCGGGUGUUUGGAGGGUGUGUCCGGGUGUUUGGAGGGACGCUACUCGGGUGACGGGACAGUGACGGCCGCCGCUGCCGGUCUUGCAGUGACGGCCUGACAGCGUCACCGUGACGGCGCUGGGUGGCGCCACCCGCGCGUCACUGUCUGUGAGCGGCCCCUCCCCAACAAUCCCUCCCACGCUCCACGGAGCUAACAUACUAUUGCGCAUCAACUAUUCGCUUUGUUAAUCAGUCUUAUGGACGCAAUAGUCGCCGUCCUACCUACUCGCCGCGUCCGACGAACCUGUCACGUGAAGAUCGGUCAGCCGGGCCGACUGACCCGCUCUGUGCUGUGCUGUCCCCUGCGCUGUUUCAGGGCGUCUGUCCAUUCUGUUGAGUUCGCCAGAGCCCAGAGUCAUGAAUUUCGCAGACUUUCCGAAUACAUUUUCAUCUCACAAUGGCGUAUUCUAAAUUCACGACCGGGAACUAAACGACGACAUGAAUUGAUGAAUGUGGACGCCUCGCACCGCCCGGCGGCCGGCGGCGCGUACCCGACAGUACCUAGCGGUGGCGGCGGCGCGUACCCGACAGUACCUAGCGGUGGCGGCGGCGCGGCGGACACGUGCUGGUCGCCUGUCGGGCCGGGCCGGGCCGGCGGCAGGCCUGGCGACGAACCCCUCCCCUCUCGCUGACCCCCGGCGCCGCGCCUAUUUCCUCUUGGCGUCUGCCUUGUGUCUGGCGGUCUUUUUGGCCGGCUUGUCCUUGGCCGGCCGGCUGCUGAGCAGCGGGUGCGGCUCGUCGGACGGCGCGCCCGCCAGCGCGAUGUCCACCAUUUUGGCGCGCUUCUUCUUGGGACUGUCGCGGCUGUCCCGGCGGCUCUGCUGCUGCUCGGGGCCGCCGUCGUGGGGCCAGCCCUCCUCGGGCUCCUCGACCUGACGGCGGACCGUCAGCGGUCAGUGUCAGCGGUCAGCAGUCAGUGUCAGCAGUCAGUGUCAGCGGUCAGCGGUCAGUGAACGGAAUCAGGCAGGAGGCGCUUUUUAUAUUCCGCUGUGACAGCUUUUAAUGAUCUGCCACAAACCAUUCGUGACAAGAACACGCGGCUAUUAAAAAGAGAGCUGCGGAGUUAUAUGCUACAGCGGCAGCUGCCUGCCAGUGACGUCGGCUCGUGACGACCCCAUGUCUGGGAGCGUAUGAUCGAGUGUGUGUUUGUGCGUUUGCUUUUACGUAAGUGAUCACUUGAUACUCUGUUUAAUGUUAAUCUGGUCCUGGAAUAGCCACACCUGUGUGGAUAGGGCCUUUGACGUGAAAUAAAUAAAUAAAUGGUCAGCG